UUUAAGAUCUGGUUAAUAAUCAUAGCUGUCUCUGAAACACAGCAAUCGGAAACAUUGAUCUCAUUGAUAAAAUUUUCCUUAAGAUUUGAGUUUUAUUAAAUAUACUAAAACAAAAUAAAUACCAGUAAGUAAAUGCACAAACAUUAUUAAAUAUAAUAUUCGGUUCCAGUUAUCUUUUGUUUGUAAUCAAUGUUGCGGACUCUGACUAUUAACCUUCUUAUAAAAUGCCGGCGGCCUAAGAUUGCUGAUUCAUUUAUUAUUAAACAGUGCAGAGGCACGUCUACUUCAUUUGAUAUUGGCCCUCAAACACUCCAGCCAUCUAAAAUAGUUAAGGCAAUGGCUGAUGAUAAAUCCCAUUUCCUGUUGCCAAACAACCAAAGAUUUGUGGAGUUGGACAGCUCCCAAGCAUUUAACAAAUUAACAGACAAUGAAAAACUGUAUGCUCACUACUUGAGUCAGGCAGCAUGGAACGGUGGUCUUAUUGUUCUCAUGCAGACCAGUCCAGAGUCUCCCAAGAUCUUUUCUCUACUGCACAGGAUUUUUUCCAUGGAAUCAAUUCAGUCAUUGAGGGAAGCAGCCAAUGAACAGGGUGUUAACAAUGAUGAUUUUCAAGCAUUUUUAGUGUAUGCUGGUGGUAUUUUUGCCAACAGCGGUAACUACAAGGGUUUUGGUGAUACCAAGUUCAUUCCGAAUUUACCUAGCACCUCUUUUGAGCUGAUUGUAAAGGGGUCGAAAGCUUUCGACGAUGAUGCCCAACAUAUGAUGAAGCUUUGGCAACAAUGUGAGAACUUUAUCUAUAGCAUUGCUCCGAGACUCACUCGUCUCGGUUUGGCUGAUAAGGGCGUAACAACUUAUUUCUCCAGUAACGUCACAGAGGAAGAUUCCAACUUGGUUAAUGAUUGGAUGAAAACUAAACUCAUUGAAGCUUACAUUUGUCGUACAUUCAAAACUAAGGCGGAAGAUGGCUUACCACUGUAUACCAUCCAUUUGGCCAGCGUGGAGUCUGCGCCGAAACCUCCACUUACGAUGGCUCCAGAGAAGUACAAGGGUGCAUACUUCCAAGUAACUCGUGGCGACUACUCUCCACUCCUCAAACUUGUGAACGACAACCUGAUGAAGGCCAAGGAGUAUGCUGCAAAUGACAAUGAGAGGAACAUGCUGGAACAUUACAUCAAUAGCUUCAGGGAAGGAGAUCUGAGCGAGCAUAAGGAGGGCAGUAGAUAUUGGAUCAAGGAUAAGGGACCAAUUAUUGAAACAUAUCAAGGAUUUAUCGAAACUUACCGCGACCCUAGCGGUCAGCGCGGUGAGUUCGAAGGUUUCGUUGCCAUGGUGAACAAGGAAAUGUCCAAAAAGUUCGGAGAUCUCGUCGACGGAGCCGAACGAUUCAUCAAGUUCCUGCCUUGGGGUGAAGACCUCGAGAAGGACCAUUUCUUAAGACCUGACUUCACCAGUUUAGAUGUUCUAACUUUCUCUGGAAGUGGCAUCCCUGCUGGAAUUAACAUUCCCAAUUAUGAUGAAAUUCGUCAAAACGAGGGCUUUAAGAACGUAUCCCUUGGCAAUGUAAUCCCGGCUGCGUACAAAGAAUCCGUGAUUCCAUUCCUCUCAGAGAAAGACAAGGAGUUAUUGGAGAAAUACAGGGUUGCCUCAUUUGAAGUACAAGUAGGAUUGCAUGAACUGCUCGGUCACGGCAGUGGCAAGCUGUUGAUGCAGAAUGCUGACGGCACCUUCAACUUUAAUAAGGACUCCGUUAUAAACCCUCUUACUGGCAAACAGAUUGAAUCUUGGUACUCUCCGGGCGAGACUUAUGACAGCAAGUUCACGACCCUCGGCUCUGCUUUCGAAGAGUGCCGCGCUGAAGCCGUCGGAUUAUACCUCUCCUUGGUGCCAGAGAUUCUCAAAAUCUUCGGUUACGAGGGUCAGGAAGCGCAGGACGUGACCUAUGUCAACUGGUUGAGUUUGCUGUGGAACGGCGCCGCUAAAGCUACCGAGAUGUACCAACCCAACACUAAAACUUGGCUUCAGGCGCAUGCCCGUGCUCGGUUCGUGCUGAUGCGUCUGCUGGAGCUAGAGGGCGAGGGCAUGCUCACCAUCACGGAGUCUGAGCCCGGCAAGAACCUCCUCCUUACUCUGCAGCGGGAACAUCUCGCCACUCGCGGCAAGAAGAUCAUUGGUGAUUUCCUGGUGAAACUCCAAACUAUUAAGGCUACAGGAGACGUGGAGGCUGGAGAAAAAUUGUUUGAUAAGUACAGCCGGCUCGACGAGCCCUGGAACCGCUGGCGCGACAUCGUCAUGAUGCACAAGCAACCGCGCAACAUCUUUGUGCAACCAAAUACUGUUGUCGUUGAGAGUAAUAAAGGUAAACAGGUAGAGCUGAAGCGCUACCCAGCCACGGCGGAAGGUAUGAUCACAUCCUGGGUAGAACGCUUCCCUUCAACAGACGUGGACGACUACUUGGAAGAACUAGCUGAGAAGGAUAGCGUACACUUCCGUGACCUCAAGGCUAUAGCCACCGUGUAAUUACUGUAAUACGCAUAAUAAGUAUUGAAUGUUAAAUAUUGUAUACUCCCAGUGGUACUAACUUUAAAUAUCAUAUAAAUAUUAAAACAUAUGCAAACUUGUAUACUAA